CACCUCUAACUCACCUAAUAUCUUCCCGGUGGAUUUUAGUAUUUAGCCCUGAGGCCUGCUCAGAUUACCCCACUGCUGCAAUUGCUCUAAAGCCCUACAAUCCACUUAUCUCAAACCUCAACUCCCUUUCUUCGCCCUAGUUAGCUCCAACCCCCACUCUUACUCGCUCAAACGGAAUCGACUCCACAAAGUGGGUUUGAUUUGGUUACGGACGUUGGAUUGAAAGAAUGGGUAGCCAGCAACAGGGUCGUGAGCUUAUAUCCAUGACCUACACCUGGACUAUCGACAACUUCUCUAAGAUCAAAACCCGCAAACAUUUCUCCGAUAGUUUCGUCGUCGGCGAUUUCAAAUGGAAGAUUGUGGUGUACCCAAAGGGGAGCAGUGGGAAGCAAUACUUGUCAAUGUACUUGAAUGUUGCAGAUGUUUCAAAGUUACCAUCUGGGUGGACUAGAUAUGCCGAUUUCACCUUGACUGUUGUUAAUCAAUUUAACAACGAUAAGUCGAUAACAAUAGACACUCAGCAUCAGUUUUGUGCCAAAAAAAGUGAUUGGGGCUUCACAUCGUUCAUGCCUCUAAGUGAGCUUUAUGACCAGAAUGAAGGGUAUAUUGUGGAUGACAUAUGUAUUGUUGAAGCUGAGGUUGCAGUAAGUAAAGCUGACAUUAAGGUUCUAAAAGACCAAGAGACUGCCUUUCGUGAGCAGGAACUUCAAAGUCAGUCUUCAGAUGUGGAGUCUUUGAAAUACUCAGACGGUUCAACAGCAAAUACAUCACUUUCUUCUGAUCAGAUUCUUAGUUUCCAGGAUGCACCAACAUCUUACCCUGUCCAAACAAAUGUUAAUUAUGUGCAAGUUCCAAGCUUGGAAAUUAAACCAAGAAUUGAUCAAGUGCUUCCGUACCAGGAGACUGAUAGCCCAGUUGACCCUCCUAUCGUAGACGAUAGCGAUGAAGAUCCCUCCAACCCGGUUGGUGAGCUGAUAGAUUUUAGAGGACUUGGGAAAAUAGAUAAAGCUUUUGUUCCACUGCUGGAAGAAGUCUGUUCGUGGCAUCCCUCAUUGAUUAGCUGCCAGAAGAAAAGAAGUCGCAUGUUUAGUGAAUGGGCAUUCACAGCUUUGGGCCGAGUAUUGUAUUUUUUGAACACUGCAAAGGUUAAGGAUAUGAUGGAGGAUUCAUGUGAGCAUGGUCCUUGUGAGCAUCUUCAUGUUUUGUGGGAGGAGGUUCAGACCUUUAGAUUUGACUUGAGUUGGCUGGAGCCUUUUGUUCAAUCCGCUUUGGGAAUGAAGAAAUUUGGGGAGAGGGAGGGAGUAUUACAGAAACUCAGAGAGGAUGUUGAUGCCUUAGAGACUGAAAUAAAGGGCUUAAGGGAGAGGCUAGCUGUUACUGAGGUAGCUCUUGGAGUUGCGAAAAGAGACCUCACGAAGGCAGAGAAAAGCUUCAGCAAGGCAUAUAUGAACAGCAAGCUUGGUUAUGGUUGGCAUUAGCCUCUCUGCAGAUUUAUUUGUUUGAUAAGAUUUGCAAUGUGUGCUAUAUACUAAAGAUAUGUAAUCCAGCUUUCCAAACGUAUAUCUACGUAUAGCAGCUGCCUGUGGCUAAAGCUCAAUACAUGAGUACCGAAAACUGGUUUAGCUUGUAAUCUUUAUUUGAAACCAGUGAGAAGAUCGUCAUUUCCAUUA